AUGCACCUUUUGUUGUUUUUAGCGGAAGAAGACAAAAUAAGAGAUGCAGAGUGCAUCGACUCGCUGGUGUGUGCUGAACUUCCAGAUGCUACUCGACAUCCGGAGCUACACAACAUUGUGAAGUCAUCGAUGAUUCACGGACCCUGCGGUGAACUGAAUAGAAACUCUCCCUGCAUGAGUGAUGGUGUAUGUUCGAAAGGAUUUCCGAAACCGUUUCAGGCAGAAACUAAAGAGAACGUGAAUGGCUACCCACUCUACAGAAGAAGGGACGAUGGAAACUUUAUCGUGAUCAAGGGUCAUGCCAUCGAUAACAGAUGGGUCGUUCCUUACAAUCCGUAUUUAUCGAAAAAGUACAUAAACAACGGUCCCGCGAAAAUGACCUAUAUCGGAAAGAUGCAAGAAAGCAGUUGGAAAACUCUGCAGCCCGUCAUGUUCCGAAGCAGCUGA